AUGUCUUAUACCAAGUUGCCUGCGACUCCAGUUCCACAUGCGGAGCUCCCAGCCUACCUCGAAAAACACAACGAAACUCCUAUGGUAGAUCUCUUCAAACCAUACCGGGUCUUCGAGAAUGAGCUGAGGGCACUUUAUGCCCAGGAACCCGACAAUGAGGCACUCAAGGAUCCUUACAUCAACGUGCUGCCCCUCUUCGCCCCGAACAUGCCAGAGAUCAAGACCCGGGCCCGUAACUUGGAGUUGGAGUCUGCAGAGGAAAGGAGCAAGUACAUCAUGGCUCUGCCUGGUGACAAGCGCCGGCAGAACGGUUCUCCUGCAGUCGUGGAUUCCGUCAAGCAGUUCCAGCACAACUUUGCUGUAUUCUCUGAGACGUCUCUUCUUGACCUGAACUGGGACAACGUCGUUGUUGCUGGCUCUGCAGUCGUCAAUUGUCUCUUGCCUGUGCCCCGUGAAUUCAGCAGAUCAAAACGAACGCUCAGGGAGUACUACCAUGAGAAGCUGUGUCCUGCAUCUGAUGUGGACCUUUUCCUCUUCGGGCUGACCGAGGAGGAAGCCAUUGAAAAGAUCAAGGAAAUCGAAGCUAGCGUCAAAGACUCUCUUCUCAGUGAAUGCACCACAGUCAGGACCAAGCAUGCCAUAACUAUAUGCAGCCAAUACCCGACCCGUCAUAUCCAGAUUGUCCUCCGCAUAUACAAGUCCGUCUCGGAGAUCCUCACCGGGUUUGACAUCGAUAGCUCCGGGGCAGCUUAUGAUGGCAAACAGGUCUACUGCACGCCGAGGGCACUACAGUCGUACAUGACCCAGAUCAAUCACAUCGACUUAUCUCGUCGCAGCCCAUCCUACGAGAACCGCCUAUCAAAGUAUAGCCAUCGCAAUUUCGAGGUGUACUGGCCAGAUCUCGACAGGUCUCGUAUUGAUCCAACUAUUUUCGAGCGCAACUUCCGCCGAAUCCCUGGUCUAGCCAGACUUUUGGUUCUCGAACGUUUACCAACCUCAUCUGCAAGGGAUAAUUACCUCGCUAAGCGCCGCGAGGAAAGGGGCAGGCCCGCACUUGAGCGCGACUUUUUAUAUGGUGGACUCAGGGCUAACAUCAAGGAUCGCCACGAGGAUGAGGUUGCUGACUGGGUGAACGAGGAGGAAGUAUCCAACUACCAUACCUUCACCAUCCCUUACGGUGUAAAAUUUCAUGCAAAAAAAAUUGAAAAGCUCUGCUACACCAGAGACCUACUCCUUAACGCAGAGUGGAAUCAGCCCAAAGAUCGUGAAGUUUAUCUCCAUCGGCACCCUGCUUUCUUUGGGCGGGUUACUGAUAUCAUUGAGGACUGCUGUGGUUUCUGCCCGACUCCACACACCGAGGAGGAGCUCGCCGUACAUGAAGAGGAGAGCAAAAUCUAUGUCUCCGGUCGUAUCUCGUUCAUCAAGGACGACCCCGGAAGACAACAGAUUGGCUCGUUCAACCCUCUCAGUGAUGAUGAUUGGACAGAGAUGGCCUAUGUUGGAAAUACUGCCAGUCUAUGCCAGGCCAUCGUGGACUUGGAUGCCGAGCGUGUCGAAGAUUGGCUUGCGCAAGAAGGCGCUGAUGUAAACAAGAGGGAUUACACUGGCCGCACACCGCUGCAGUUGGCCGUCACGAGCUCGACGGCCGAGAUUGUUGCCUUGUUGAUCAAGGCCGGAGCUCGUCUGAUUGCAAGACUUGCUGAUGGUCGCACAGCGCUACACCUCGCAGCUGCCAGGGGCGAUGUGGAGAUAGUAAAGAUGCUUAUGGACAAGAGCAAUGAGAAUGAGGCUGAGGAAGAGUUGAAGCGCGAUCUUCGCCGCAAGUCAGCUGCGCCGACUUUGUCUGAACAAACAGAACCACGACCAGAACCGGAAGACAAAGAUGAAGAGGAAGCUGGAGACAGUGACGGCGAGUCGCUAGAGCUUUUGAGCGACGAAGGCUCGGACGAGGAUGAUGAAGCGCAUAGCAUGGCCACCGGAUCGUUUGUGAAAAUCAAGCGCAAAGGUGGUGAUUCAGACGCUCAAGACUUGAUUCCUGAAGAAAAAAAGGACGACCCAGAUAUCUACGACGUCAACGUAAUUGCAUGGGAUACCCCUUGCUCUGCUCUUCACCUUGCCAUCGUCUCGGGUAACGAUGAGGUCGUGAAGCUGCUAUGCCAGCAGUACGGAGCAGACAUGCUACUACCAGUCAAAUACUUUGGCCAUGAUAACAAGCCUACAGCUGCGCUUCUCACACUUGUCAUGGCGCUCAAGCUUCCCGACGAGAAAGCGAAAAACAUGGUGAAGACUUUACUCAGUUUGGGGGCUACAUCUGCGCAGGCCGAUAUGCAUGGGUUCACCUGCUUCCACCAGUAUGCAGAGGCGGGUGCUACAGAACUCAUUGAUCUUUUGAAGGAACUUGACCGCACUGGCGUCAACAAAUCCAUCAACCAUGUGGCAGUUUUUCGCUACAGCGAUUCGACCGGACCCCUGCAGUCGGCCAUCAAGAACGGUGAUACGGGACUGGUUUUACAGCUCCUUGAAGCUGGAGCUGCCCCUCAAAUAGAUUUUGAGACAUGGCUCAAGGGCGCCAGGCAGUCUUCAGACUAUAAUCUUGUCAACGCUUCUGAAAGUGAAAAAGACUUCAGGCGUUUGACAGAGCAGCCAGUAAUUCUUGCGGCCCUCUAUGGACAUCCGUUGAUAAUAACGGAGUUGCUCAGACAUGGGGCGGACGUAAACAGCAUCAGCGCGCAAAGUCAGGAUCUGCUUGAUCCUAAUUCUUACAGCCGCACGUAUAAUUCGGGGCAGACCCUCUUGGAUAUUCUGCGCAAGCAGCUCGAAACCCUCCGCUCGUACAAGGGUGAAGAAACCCUCACCCCUGAACCAUUGCCAUUUUUGGGGGAUGAUAAAGCUCUCGAUGGAGCCAAGCCCGGGUCCUGGAAGCAUCUUGUUGUGACGAAUGACAUCGAGGCUGCCCGCCAAGAACACGCUGAGCGUGUAAAGAUCUACAAGGCCUAUACUCGCCAACUUGAUGUUCUCGAAGGUCUCCAAGAGAAGAAGGCAGCCAUUCUAAAUCUUGUGCAAGCAUUCGAACAAGCCGAGUCUACCGUCGUCGAAAAAGGUGGAAAGACCUUUUCUGAGCUCCACCCUGAUAUCCCAGCCGGCACGAGACAAGAUUUCAACUUGUGGAAUAGGGCGGAUCAUAACAAAUACCCUCCAUACGAGUUCAAUCACGGAUUUCACCCUGUCAAGGAUAUGACCCCGGUCCGAGAGGCGGCCUAUGUCCAACUAUUCGAGGCAGCCUGGGAUGGAGACCUCGAGACUAUUAAGCGCUUGACUCUUGGGAGCUGGGAUGCCGAUCAACGCGAAGCGCCAUUGAUGAUAUCGGUAAAGGAUAAAAACCAUGCCAAUGUGUUUGGCCUCGCUUUUCUGCGUGGCCACUUGCAUGUUGCUCAGGCCAUUCUUGAGAUCGCCCAGGCUCAAUAUGCACCCGAGGAGGCAACAACCACCAAGUUCACUAUGAGGGAUCCUGGGUAUGACUCGGGUGGUUCCGAGAAAUCGGUGGAUGAGACGGACGAGCCUCGUAUAUAUAAGCUCAUUGUUGACGACAAGUUCACAAUCGACAACAUCGGGGAGAUCUCCAUGCAAGUCAAGAGUCAGAUUAAGCCUUUGGAUAUGCUUGUUCAGGUAACCAGCCCUUUCCCUGUUGUGAACGACGAGGGCAAGGAGCAAAGGAAUCUCUUGCUGCUUCUCUAUGUUAUCGCACAGAACGACUUGAAUGGUCUCUCCUUCCUCCUCGAAACGGCGACACAGCUGUCUGAACGGAGACUCGACUCUGAAACUGAGAUCACUCGCUUCUUUUCUUGCCCGGAACUUAUCUGGGACCGGGCCAUCGAGAAGGGACGCACGGAGUUACUGGCUGAGAUCAUCAAGACUACAGGUGCAGGUUUGCCAUUGGAGGAUUUAGUUAAGCGCAGUGGCGCUAAGAUGAUCGAAAAGCCCAAGAGUUACCAAGGCCUCACCGUGUACGGAAAGAAGAGAAAGGAUUGGGCUACGGCGGGGAGGGAUGUCAUGAGAAAGACCCGAGAAUCAAACACUCCACCACUGCUCACCGCGGCCUCCUGCGGCUCGAUUGAGUCAGUUGAAUGGUUUUUGAGCGACACACCACUGCGGCACUACCUGGAGUUUGCUAACAGUAAGGGAGCCCGCGAUGAUCCUCGGCUCAAGCACCUAGUGUCCACGGCUGGCGGGGUGGAGAGAGUCAUCACCAGAUGGAUGGGCAACCAGAAUGAUCUUGUGAUGCACGCUGCCAUCAUCGGCGGCCCCAAGGGCGAGAAGACGAAGAAGCUCGUUCAAUACUUGAUCCAGGCUUACCCUGCAUCAAUGACCACCAAAUCCCGAGACGGCUACACACCUUUUUACCUAGCUUGUCUUCGCGGCAGGACAGACGUUGUGGAGCUCCUGGCUCCUCACUCUGACCAGACUGUCAAAGGACCACACUGGGAGAACAUAUUGCAUGCUGUUCUGAAAGGAUGCCCCACAGCUGAUCAGCUCCGGCCAAUGCUGGAACUCUUCGAGCCGGAACUCCGUAAAGCUAUGUUCAAGGAGCGAAGUAGCUUGUCGGCCGAAGGACGAACUCCCCUUCAUCAGUGGAUAGCGACGGCUACCUGGAAGAUGUGGGGAGCAUCUUCGCCGCAAUACAAAACACCAGAGGAUUUGGUCGCGGUCCUGAAGUUGCUACUUGAGUACUCGGGUGGUGAGGAGCUCGCCAUGUUGGACGGCACUGGUGACACGCCUCUGCACAUGUUAAUUUCAAGACAGGCUCCUUUGGAGAGCAUCAAGCUGAUUCUUGAGAUGGAUGCCAACCUGCUAUUUCGCGAGAAUGCAGUGGGAAGAACGCCUGCCGAGCUGGCGUAUGAUAUCUUUAUCGAAACGCGCAUCGGUACGCACAAGAGCGUGAAUGAUCGUUUUCACUACAGCAAUGCCCGAUUCAAUAGGCUCGAUACUCUGAUCAAGAUGCGCCCAUCGUUUUUCCUUCCGGAGCAGCAGGCCAAAUUCAAGCAGCGGCGAAUGCAAGACACGAGUUUUAUGUACGGCCAAACCUCGGAUGACCAGUGGCGCCAGUACCAGGGUCAGCGGGCAGCUGAGGACCGGGAGCGUGUAGAGGGCCUUCAUCAGAUGUGCCUCACCUACCCGAAUGGUAAACGGCGGCUCGUGAGCCUGAACGAGGCCAAUGACGUGGCACGGAGGCUCGGCGAGAGUUUCCAGUGGGGCCGGUACUACUCUGGGAUGCCGAAGGGACAUGACGACGACGCAGAAAGCGAGGCUGGGCAGGAGGAGAACAAGCCGUCGGAAGAUUUUGUGCAGGAGAAGUAUCACUUGAUUCAGUCAAAGUGGUGGUCAAAGGAUGACAGAUAUUGA